GAUUUCGGGAGUGCCUUGCAUUUGAGACACAAUCUUUACCCCCUCCAAAGCUUUUAGUAAGAUUAAUUAAAACCGGAAUAGUGCAGCAAAACCUGCCAUGCGUGUCUUGCAGCGUUUCUGAAUAAAACCAGCUCCCGAGUGAUUAGUGACCAUAUAGGAAGGUCUGGGUGUCCGCCACAUUUGUUGGGCCAUACCUGACAUCAUGACUGGUAGCUGGUCACAGAGACGUUUUGAAAGAAAAAUAAAAAACCUUCUUCUCCUCUGUCUCCUAAGAUUUUUUUGGUGUUUUGGUGCUUCAAGGAACCCUCCAACAGGAGCGGGGUAGAGGAAUCUUGUUGAUUGAUGAGGGGGUUAGCCUAAUUGAGCUUUGGUGAUACUUUAGGAGUUCUAAGUUCUAUGCUUUGCUUGUCGAUGGGUGGCAAACCGUGAUUAGUCCUCGGGGAGAACGAACGAAAACGACAGACAGCCAUAAGUGGGACCUCCCUGGAAGAUUUUUGACCUGUCACUGCCAAUAUCAAAGGAUGGUGAUGGUGUUCGAGUUUCCAGUCCACACCAACCUAUCGUAACUCUAAGUGUUGGGCCCGGGUCGGCCAGUAUGAUAACCAACGUCAAUUAACCCUUCUUUGAACAACGUCAACGUGCUUACAGGUGAGGCCGGUCGAAGGCUAGCGUCCUUUUCACGUUGAAAGCGCUCGCGCACACGGUGUCAAAGCGAGCCAGCCGCCCUGCCUUCUUCAUUCUGAUGGUUUUCUUUUUUUCCAUUUGAUUUACUGCCUACUACCACCACCACCGAGAGAAAGAAAGAGAAGAGGGUGAAGAAGAGCUCGAGAGAGAGAGAUGUCCAUGUCCAUGUCCGGAUCCGGGGGGCCGUACGGGGAGGGGGAGGGAGCGUCGCUGGCAGCAUCGUCGGGUCCGGACGCCAAAAAGCGGCGGGUGAGCUACUUCUACGAACCGAGCAUCGGGGACUACUACUAUGGGCAGGGCCACCCGAUGAAGCCCCACCGCAUCCGGAUGGCCCACAACCUGGUCGUCCACUACUCCCUUCACCGCCUCAUGGAGGUCUCCCGCCCCUUCCCCGCCUCCGCCGACGACAUCCGCCGCUUCCACUCCGACGACUACGUCGAUUUCCUCUCCACCCUCGCCUCCCCCGACCCCCGCCUCUUCAAUCGCUUCAACGUCAGCGAGGACUCCCCAGUCUUCAACGGCCUCUUCCAGUUCUGCCAGGCCUCCGCCGGCGGUUCCAUCGGCGCCGCCGUCAAGCUCAACCGCGGCGACGCAGACAUCGCCAUCAACUGGGCCGGCGGCCUCCACCACGCCAAGAAGUGCGAGGCCUCCGGCUUCUGCUAUGUCAACGACAUCGUCCUCGGCAUCCUCGAGCUGCUCAAGUUCCACAAGCGUGUGUUGUACGUGGACAUUGAUGUCCAUCAUGGAGAUGGUGUUGAAGAGGCUUUUUUCACAACUGAUAGAGUCAUGACUGUUUCAUUCCAUAAAUAUGGGGACUUCUUUCCUGGGACGGGGCAUAUCAAGGACAUUGGUUUUGGGCAAGGAAAGUACUAUGCCCUGAAUGUUCCGUUGAAUGAUGGAAUGGAUGAUGAUAGCUUCCGUGGACUAUUUAGACCUGUAAUCCAAAGGGUAAUGGAGGUUUAUCAGCCUGAUGCAGUUGUUCUCCAGUGUGGUGCAGAUUCCUUGGCUGGAGAUAGACUAGGCUGCUUCAACUUGUCAGUGAAGGGGCAUUCAGAUUGUCUACGAUAUCUCAGGUCUUUUAAUGUACCUCUUCUGGUUUUGGGAGGUGGAGGUUAUACUAUGAGGAAUGUUGCUCGCUGCUGGUGCUAUGAGACAGCAGUUGCAGUUGGUGUGGAACCAGAUAAUAAGUUGCCAUAUAAUGAAUAUUAUGAGUACUUUGGUCCUGACUAUAAUCUUCAUAUUGAACCACAAAACUUAGAGAAUCGGAACUCUCCACAGGAUCUUGACAGAAUGAGGGAUGCUUUGUUGGAGCACCUUUCAAAGAUACAGCAUGUUCCGAGUGUACAAUUUCAGGCCAGACCUCCAGAUACAGAAACCCCUGAGGAGGAAGGUGAGGAAAUGGAUCGCAGGCCGCAAAGUCAACUAUUGAUUGGUGAAUGUUAUGAUUCUGAACCAGAGGAGGCCAAAAGCCUCAACAUGGACAGUCUACCAUAAAUAAUAUAUCUGCAGUGCACUCUGACAAUAUGGACCAACCAUAAAAAUUGGAAGCAGCUGAGCAAGCCAAUUACCCUUUGUUAAGGAUCUGCAUCAAGAUAGUACAUGCACAAAGUCAUUCACCUUGCCUUGGUGGACCUUGAUGUAUGAGGGCAUCAUUACAAUUGUACAUUCAUCUGUUCUGUUGUAUCUGAAAGAUGAAAGACUCGCUGACAUUCAUCCAUAGGAAGCUGUCAACUCUUUUUGCAGGUGAGGUAUGUAUGUGGACAAACUGUUGUGCUAUUGCAUUUUGGAGACCCCC